GUCGUGUACACCGCACGGUGGGAGCCGCCAGCUGCUGUUGACGCCCGACAGGCUGUGGAUGAUGGCGUGGAGGCAGAGUCUCUGGCAUCGGGCGUGUCACACAGCAACAGUUCAGUAGUUUUGUCUGUAUCUACAUCUACACACUUCCUUUUUGGUGUUCACUGGCAGCUGUAGAGGCGUGGCUACAACACCGGAAGUUGCAGUGGUGUUCACUGGCAGCUGUAGAGGCGUGGCUACAACACCGGAAGUUGCAGUGGUGUUCCCUGGCAGCUGUAGAGGCGUGGCUACAACACCGGAAGUUGCAGUGGUGUUCACUGGCAGCUGUAGAGGCGUGGCUACAACACCGGAAGUGAGAGGAUGCGUCUGUCGCCACGUGAACACGAGGGCUUGUUGGUGCAGCAGGCGGGUAGCGUUGCCCAGCGGCGCCUGGCGCGGGGUGUCAGGCUGAACUACCCGGAGUCUGUAGCCCUCAUUGCCUCCGUGUUGCAGGAGUUGGUCCGUGAUGGCUGGUCAGUCAGUCAGCUGAUGGAGAAAGGCAGGACCAUGCUGGGCAUCAGGCAGGUGCUACCCGGUGUACCCGACAUGGUGCAGGAGGUACAGAUUGAGGCCACAUUUGCAGACGGCACGAAGCUGGUGACUGUACACAAGCCCAUCGCCAGGCAAGAUGGGGACCUUGAUCUCGCCUUGUAUGGCAGUUUCCUGCCGGUGCCCCCUUUGUCGACAUUCACAGACCGACAGCAGAUAACUGACGAGACAGCAGAGGUGGUGGAGGCUGCCCUGGAUGUCCUGGCAGGGGAGGUAAUCACUCAGCCCGGAAACAUCGUUCUGAACGAGGGCCGACCUACUGCCCUCCUCAACGUCACCAACCUGUGUGACCGCCCUGUACAGGUGGGCAGCCAUUAUCACUUCACCGAGUGUAACAGACAUCUUCGCUUUGACCGGGUGGCUGCCAUUGGCAUGAGGCUGAACAUUCCAGCGGGAACAGCCGUGAGGUUCGAACCUGGCGAAAGCAAGCAGGUGAAUCUGGUGCAGAUUGGCGGCUGCAGGGUGGUACGUGGAGGCAACGGUCUGUGUCGGGGGGCGGUGACCACCGUGGACAAGGACAAGUUCCUCAAGCGAGUCUUGAAAGCCGGCUUCCAGCACCACGCACAGGGUGACGUGCAGCCUGGGCCUCGAGAAGAGAUGAACAGACAGCUGUACGCACACAUGUACGGGCCCACCGCUGGUGACAAGGUGCGCCUGGGGGACACCAGUCUGGUGCUGGAGGUGGAGCGGGACAUGGCGGUGUACGGCGAUGAGUGCAAGUUUGGUGGGGGCAAGGUGCUCCGAGAGUCCAUGGGCCAGGCUGCUGACCGACCGUCACGUGACGUGCUGGACACGGUCAUUACAAAUGCCCUUGUGGUCGAUGCCAUCGUAGGGAUCGUUAAGGGAGACAUCGGCAUCAAGGAUGGCUUCAUUGUGGGCAUAGGCAAGGCCGGUAACCCGGAGACGAUGAAUGGCGUGGAUAAGAGGUUGGUGGUUGGUGCCUGCACGGAGGUGAUCGCAGGGGAGGGGCUGCUGGUGACGGCCGGAGCUCUGGAUGGUCACGUGCACUUCAUUUGCCCGCAGCUGGCAGGGGAGGCGAUCGCGUCAGGCGUGACCACCAUGUUUGGGGGAGGCACAGGGCCGGCCACAGGAAGCAAGGCCACCACCUGCACCCCAGGACCGAACCACAUUCGAGACAUGAUGCUGAGUACAGACUCACUGCCGCUCAAUUUCGGUUUCACGGGCAAAGGCAACACUUCCUGUCCCAGCGGAGUGGCCGAGGACCUUCGGGAGCAGGUCAUGGCGGGCGCCAUGGGGUUGAAGCUGCACGAAGACUGGGGCAGUACACCUUCUGCUAUUGACACCUGCCUGCGGGCUGCUGAUGAGUUCGACAUCCAGGUAAUGAUUCACACGGACACACUCAACGAGAGCGCUUGUGUGGAGGACACCAUUGAUGUGUUCAAAGGAAGGACAAUACACACUUACCACACGGAGGGGGCGGGAGGCGGCCAUGCACCCGACAUUCUGCGGGUAGUAGGUGAGAGAGCCGUGCUUCCAUCCUCUACCAACCCCACCCGCCCGUACACAGUCAACACCAUGGACGAACACCUGGACAUGCUGAUGGUUUGUCACCACCUGGACAGUAACCUGUCUGAGGACGUCUGCUUUGCGGAGUCGCGGAUCCGCGCGGAGACCAUCUCAGCGGAGGACGUGCUGCAGGACGUGGGCGCCAUCAGCAUGAUGUCCUCCGACUCGCAGGCCAUGGGGCGGGUAGGGGAGGUCAUCACACGCACCUGGCAGACGGCAGACAAGAUGAAGAUCGUCAGGGGUCGUCUUCCGGAAGAAAAGGGCGACAACGACAACAUUCGGAUCAAGCGGUAUCUGGCCAAGUACACCAUCAACCCUGCACUGACUCACGGCAUGGCUCACCUUAUCGGGUCGCUGGAGGAUGAUAAAAUGGCCGACCUGGUGCUAUGGAAACCGGCAUUUUUCGGCGCCAAACCGGAAAUGGUCCUCAAAAGUGGACAAAUCACCUGGUCACAGAUGGGUCUGGCCAACGCCUCCAUCCCCACGCCGGAGCCCGUCCAGCAGCGCGAGAUGUUUGGCGCCUGCGGCAAGUCCCCGGGGGCCAACUCCGUGGUCUUCGUUUCCAAGGUGUCGCUGGACAGGGGCAUCAUCCAAGGGUACGGGCUGUCCAAACGAGCGGUGGCUGUCAGCGGGUGCCGCCGGCUGACUAAAGCAGACAUGGUCCUCAAUGACUUGUGCCCCGUCAUCACAGUUGACCCGCAGUCAUACCGCGUUCACCUGCUGACGACUGGGGAGGAAGGAGAGAAGAGAGAACACCUCACCUGCCCUCCAUCCUCCAGACUGCCACUGGCACAGCGCUACUUUCUCUUCUAGUGGCCCCCACCUGAAGUACUGGACAGGUGUCAUCAUCAGCUGUGCUCUCUGUCUGCACCUCUUCACCUCUUCACCUCUUCACCUGUUCACAUGAAAGCGGUUUUAGCGACAUCGUAUUUCACAGAGUGAAGAACAUCAACGACAGUUGAUACACAAACGUGUAAAUAGAGUACAUCCUUCUCUCUCUCACGCAUGUGUACACACAGACAGAGUGAAUAACUCUCACCCUCUCUCCUUUCCCUCAUACAUCUACAUGUACAUCUACAUCUACACAGACAGUGAAUAACUCUCACCCCUCUCUCCUUUCCCUCAUACAUCUACAUGUACAUCUACACAGAGCGUGUAAACAAGCCUCUUCGUGUCAUAUAUACAUACACAGAAGUGUACGGCCUCUUCUCUCAUAUAUGUAUGUACACGUAUACGGAGCGUGUAAAUGUCUCUCAUGUAUAUACACACGUACACGCACACACAGCGUGCCAGGCUUCUCCCCCCUGAUAUACCUGUAUACACACAGAAUGUAUGAAUAAAGUUUCUUCUCUCGUUC